CCAUGAACAUUGAACAUGAAAUCAGUCUUUUAGUUGAAGAGAUUCAACGACUGGGGACCAAAAAUGCUGACGGGAUAUUGAGUGUGACAUUUGGGGUACUCUUUGCUGAUGAAAAAUGUGCCAACCUUUUUGAAGCAUUAGUGGGUACUCUUAAAGCUGCAAAACGAAGAAAGAUUGUUAGUUAUCCUGGAGAGCUGCUUCUGCAAGGAGUUCAUGACAAUGUUGAAAUUUUGUUACUGCAAGAUUAGUUCAGGUUUCUUGUCUUUAUUGCAUUGUUUUUCAGGUAAAUGAACAGAGAAUU